CCAACCGGGAGAAACCGACCUUUGACUUCUUGUGGCUCGCUCGCAGGUAGGUAGGGCUGGCCACCUGCGACGAACUACGGUACUGGUAUGUAUGUAAUAUUCACCAUCUUCUUCGUCGCGUUCUUCUUCCCUCCACGGAGGCUCUGCUCUACUCUACAGUACAGUACAAUUCAAUACAGUCCAGUACAGUACAGUACAGCAAAGUUCCAGUCCACCGACCAAUGUAAAAGCCGCCCAAUAACAAUAACCAUGAUGCUACAUCUUUGCAUGUAUCAUGUAACUAACGUACAUGCCUUCGCGUCAACUCUCGAGUUUCUCCGGCACUCCAAAGUCCAGAGUCCAUCCUGGCGGCCGUCAACUUUUUCAAACCUUUCAAACUUUUCAAGCACUUUCAGUCCUACAUGGACACCAAGCAAAACCUGCAUGACGUAUUGUAGAUCAGUGCCAACUCGGCUGUAACUAACUGCACUCGACUCAGG